UUAGAUAAGGCGUUGUGUGUAUUUAUAAUAUUCAAAUAUUUUAUCAGUUAUUAUAUUAAAUAAGUUAUAUAACUUGUUAUAGGGAAUGACGAUACUAGGGUGUCCAUGUCUGAACAUACUGAUACACAUAGACAAGGUCGAGGGGAAGGAGGAGGAGGGACUGACGAGAGUGCAGCUUACACUAGACGGUAUUAAUAUCCAGCAGCACUUCUUAGUUCACGAGAUCAAGCAAGGUGACUGGACUAUCGUCAAGUGCAAGGUGUGUAAUUGUGCUACUCACAAGAAGUUUAGUCAGGAGAUACUGUUGUACCCCGGGCUCUCAGACUUCACAAACUGUGUGCUGGAUGUACAGAGUGGCCCUGACUUUGAUACUGGCUUUAAUUUGAUAUUGCCGGGUGAGGUAGCAAGUGCUAAGGACAACCCAUCAGCUAAGCAAGACUUACUGUCAAUACAAACUGAAACUGACAAACUCAAGAAAGAUAUGAAAGUAUUGUACGAAGAAAAACUAGCUCAGUUCAUCAAGACGGAAAAGAAGCUUCUUGAUGCCGGUUUAAGACAGGCUGAAGAGGCAAGUAUGAAGAUAAAGAACUUGGUAAACUACUACCACGAGAAGAACCAGAACGAAGAACUAACGGAUUCCUCCAAUGGAGGAAACGAGACCCGGUCCAGGAAGCUGUCCGUGUCGGACAAGAAGGUCACCUUCUCAGUGUCUGAUGAUGUGGAGACAGCAGUAGAACCUGACUAUCAGGAUGAUGAGGAGGAAGAACAUCCAGGAAGGUCUCCUUCACAAGACGAAUACUUCCAGUUUGACAUGGGAGAUGACGAUCUGUUCGGAGGUCCACAAGAGGAUGAGUUCAGUGGAGGAUACCACUUUGGGCAGCAUGAUGACGACGAGGACAGCAGCUCCUCUGGAUGUGAACCUGACAUGAUUCCUCAAGGAGCAUCUGUGCCGAUAAAUGUUCCGUUGGGUUUCCACCGGGAGAGACAAAAUAAUAAGAGGAUAUCUUCAAGUGUAAAGAUGGAAGACAUAGCCCAUAGUAUGAAGACCCUAAUGGAAGAGUUUCACGGAGAAGAUGAUGACGUCCCCCGCCCUCGGGUCAUGUCACGCAGCUACAAUCCAUCUCGUUUCAGAUCAUGACCUCAAUGCCACGUGACAGACUCAGCAGUUUGCACGUGACUCCCAACGUGCCUUGUGCGCGUGACAAUGAACAUUGACAAGUGAUUACUGACUCACUGAAUUAUUACAGAAACAGAAGAAAAAAAGGUUUAAGCAGUUUAAGAAUUUUAACUAUAUUCGUAGAUCCUCUUAUAUCUAUAAGGACUAUUGAGGAUUGCGGUGACUGAAAAGUUAUCAAAGACGCUGUAUUGUGCUGGUGUUAUAUUAAUGAUUUUCUCUUUAGCUCUAGCUAGAUUUAAGAUUUGUGAUCCUUUCUUGGGUGUGGAAAUUCGAGAGUCUUCGGAACACACCCACUGCUAAUCAAUUGUUUCCUCUUCAUCAUUAUUAAUUUAAACGUUUGAUUUUAAUAGCAUUUCUGCCUGUUCUUUUGGGAGAAGUUUUGCCCCGCUUUACAAAAUCAUGCUUGUUUUUGGUUGAUUACAAAAUUUUCUCUAUUUUCUUCUUUACGGAUAGUUUUAGUACAAUUGUGCGCUUGUCACAGUUAAUGAACGUAGUCCAUUUAUCACAGCUCUCGUUGCAGCGAGUUUUUAUACGGUUUGAACGGUAUGAACCAUUAAAAUAAUUAUAUACGGUUUUGUUAUGUUGUUAUGUAGAUAAACUGGUGCUUUAAAAGUGGUUAUCGCAACGGCAUCAGAAGUUCCGAACAAUUAGUAUAUAAUUAGCAGAUACGAGCUGUUAAUUAGUUUAUAAUUAGCAGAUACGAGCUUGGGAAGCUGUCAUCUUAGAUAUCCCAUGUCAUUUCUAUUUGCUUUCAUUCCGAUGUAAAGCUUUAGAACGUAUGAUCAAGUAUUAAUUUACAAAUCAGAUUUUGAGUAAAAUGUUAAAAGUUAAGUUAUACCUUAGGAACGAGGAAUGUUACUAAUUGGAAUUCUGAACCAAUUAAAUUGAGGCUGCCCCACAUUGCGAUCACUACCCGAUGGUCUUUAAUAUCAAACUUAUUUAUUGAAUAUCGCAAUUAUUGGAUAAUUGUUCAAUUUAGACAUUUUUAAUACUUUGACAAUAAAAAUUUUGAAUCAUAUUUCUUGUUGUUCU